AUGAAAAUCAUCAUUGCCGAUUGCCUUUUUCAUGUACUAAUUAUCUUAACCCUGUUUAUAUCGCGACUGCCGCUAUCCUUUUCAACAACAGAAGAAAUUCAGGUAAUACUCACACGGUUAGACUCCAAACGCUCAUGUCCUUCGGUUCAAGAAUCAGCUGCUAAAGCCGUCUUGGGAAGAUUGCUCCCUACCCAUUUUCACAGCUUUGACUUUAAGAUUGUCUCCAAGGAUGUUUGUGGGGGACAAGGUUGCUUUUUGAUAGAAAAUUACCAUGGCUCCAGCCAAAAUGGACCCGAGAUAAUAAUUAAAGGCACCACAGCAGUUGAAAUUGCCUCUGGUUUCCACUGGUAUAUUAAAUAUUUCUGUGGCGCUCAUGUAUCUUGGGACAAGACUGGUGGUGUGCAGUUAGCCUCUGUUCCGAAGCCAGGGUUAUUGCCCAUUGUAAAAGACGGUGGUGUGCUGGUUCAACGGCCUGUUCCAUGGAACUAUUACCAAAAUGUUGUUACUUCUAGUUAUUCAUAUAUCUGGUGGGAUUGGGAAAGAUGGGAGAAAGAGAUAGACUGGAUGGCUCUUCAGGGAAUCAACUUGCCCUUGGCAUUUACGGGACAAGAAGCCAUAUGGCAAAAAGUUUUCAUGGGAUUUAAUAUUACCAUGGAAGAUUUGAAUGAUUUCUUUGGUGGACCAGCUUUCCUUGCUUGGGCUCGCAUGGGAAAUUUACAUGGGUGGGGUGGUCCUUUAUCGGAAAACUGGUUGAAUCAGCAAUUGGUUUUACAAAAGAAGAUACUAUCUCGGAUGUUAGAGUUAGGCAUGACUCCGGUGCUUCCAUCUUUCUCUGGGAAUGUUCCAGCAGCUUUGAAGACAAUUUUUCCUACAGCAAAUAUAACUAGACUAGGGGACUGGAACACAGUGGAUGGUGAUCCGCGUUGGUGCUGUACUUAUCUCCUGAAUCCUUCCGAUCCUCUAUUUGUUGAGAUUGGAGAGGCUUUUAUCAGAAUGCAAAUCAAAGAAUACGGUGAUGUGACUGACAUCUACAACUGUGACACAUUCAAUGAAAAUUCCCCGCCUACAAAUGACCCAACAUAUAUCUCUUCCCUCGGUGCUGCCGUGUUCAAAGCAAUGUCCAAUGGUGACAAAGAUGCUGUGUGGUUGAUGCAAGGUUGGCUUUUCUACUCGGAGUCAACUUUCUGGAAGCCACCCCAAAUGAAGGCACUUUUACAUUCUGUUCCAGUGGGGAAAAUGAUAGUUCUUGAUUUAUUCGCUGAUGUCAAACCAAUAUGGGCAACUUCCUCUCAAUUUUAUGGAACUCCUUAUGUCUGGUGUUUACUGCAUAACUUUGGAGGUAAUAUUGAAAUGUAUGGAACACUGGAUGCAAUUUCUUCGGGUCCAGUGGAUGCUCGCAUCAGUAAAAAUUCAACUAUGGUAGGUGUUGGCAUGUGCAUGGAAGGGAUAGAGCAAAAUCCAGUUGUUUACGAGUUAAUGUCUGAAACGGCAUUUCGAGAGGAGAAAGUUCAAGUUCUGGAAUGGCUGAAGACCUACACCCAUAGACGGUAUGGUAAAUCAAUUCAACAAAUUGAAGAAGCAUGGGCGAUAUUGUAUCACACAGUUUACAAUUGCACAGAUGGAAUCGCUGAUCAUAACACAGAUUUCAUAGUCAAAUUUCCAGAUUGGGAUCCAUCUACAAAUUCUGUAUCUCAACCAUCAAAUCGAAACAAUACGCAUACGUACAGCUUGAAAACUGGAACCAGUAGAUUCUCAUUUCUGGACAGUAGCUCUGAUCUGCCUCAAGCACAUUUGUGGUAUUCUACUCAUGAGGUCGUCAAUGCUUUAAAGCUCUUCCUUGAGGCUGGAAAUGACUUAGCUGGCAGCCUCACAUAUAGAUAUGAUUUGGUCGACUUAACACGUCAAGUGUUGUCAAAGCUAGCAAACAAAGUCUAUUUGGAUGCAGUGAAAGCUUUUCGAAGGAAGGAUGUCAAAGCUUUGAAUUUUCACGGCCAGAAGUUUAUACAACUAAUAAAGGAUAUUGAUGUGCUUGUUGCUUCUGAUGACAAUUUUCUGCUUGGAACAUGGCUUGAAAGUGCAAAAAUGUUGGCAAAAAAUCCAAGCGAGAUGAGACAGUACGAAUGGAAUGCUAGAACGCAAGUGACAAUGUGGUUUGAUACCACAGCAACCAAUCAAAGCCAGCUUCAUGAUUAUGCCAACAAAUUUUGGAGUGGACUGUUGGAAGGAUACUAUCUGCCUCGAGCUUCAAGCUAUUUUAACCAUUUGUUAAAAAGCUUGGAGAAAAAUGAGAGUUUCAAUAUCGUGGAAUGGAGAAAACAAUGGAUAUCAUUCUCAAAUAAGUGGCAACAAGGGGUUGAGCUGUACCCAGCGAAGGCUAAAGGAGAUUUUCUUGCUAUUGCCAAGGCUUUAUUUGAAAAAUAUUUUAGUUGAAUUAAUUAAUAAUCCUGCGUUUUAAGUACAAUUAGAAUACGCCAUGUGAUUUCAUUUUGGCUUUCAUUUCCUUC